GUGUCAGGCCAGGGACGAGGAGGAGGAGGAGGCGGAGGACGAGGACGAGGAGGAGGAGGAAGGAGGAGGAAGGAGGAGGAAGAGGAGGAGGACGAGAGAGAACGGCGAAGCCCUCUCGUCCCUCUCCUGCCGGGCGGGCCUUCUAUUCGAGCCGCCGCUUCCCUGCGUCACGGCCCGAGCCGCGCAGGCCGCGCGGGCCACGGGAGGGCGCGUUCCCGCGCGCCGAAGGCGCGGGGCGCGGGCCGCGCGCCCGGAGUUGAGCAGGGACCGACCGUCCCGGCAUUCCUAUAGGCCUACCACGACAUGUUCCCACCGUGCCCCGAUCCGCUUCCCCGUCCCUGGCCUGAAGCGAGCCUGGCGUGAAACGGACGGGCCCCGAGGAAAACGGGGCCUAGCCUCCGGGGCUCUCACCCAGUCGGAUGGCGCCAUCUGUACACCCCUUCACCGAUCCUGGCCAGGCCGAUCCUGAGAGGGCGCCAGGGCCAGGAUCGGCGCAAGCGUUCGGGGAUCUUCUGACCCGGGUCAAUCCAGACCCGGGUCAGCAGGAAACCAAAAACUGCAAUGCAGGAAAAAAAAACUGCACCGCAGGUCUUCGCAGACCCAAGUCAGCCAAUACGCGCGGCCGCCUCGCGGCCACGAGCGGCCCCGUCUGUAUUGACCCCCGUCUCAAGGCUCCCGAAGCGUAUCGCUGACGCGCUCUCCAGCCAGGGACACGCUCCCCGUCCCCCCGCAGCCGCCCGGGGACGGCCCCGGGCACCCGCGGAGGGUCUCCCCCGACGUGGAGGAGCAAGACGCCGCAGACACACACAGAAACCUUCGAAGCUUCGCGCUAUAGUCAUCACCCCCCUGGUCGUCACACGACUCAAGCCUGGGCCCCGACCGGAGCAUGGCGACAGGCCUCCGGGGGGACCCGCCGCCUCGGGGCCGAGGUCUGAGAGGCCUGACGGGCGGGGGGCACCGUGAGCUCUGCGUGGGCGCCGUGGCCAGCGCACGCUCUCCUCGGCCUCCUCCUCGUCGUCCUCCCGCGGCGCGGGGGUCGGCGUCACCCCAACAUACUUCUAGUAGAUGUGCGUCGCCCCCCCCAGGGCUGACGCGCCCACCGAGAAAUCUUAUAGUAUAUGUGUCGCGGCGGGCGCGUUCUGGCCACACCGCUCGGGAAAGGAUAUACUACAAGAUGGGUAUACUACAUGUUCGUGUCGGACGCGCACCUCCAAGGAGGUAUGUCUCUCUGCGUCCGGGGGGCCAGAGGCUGGUCGUCAAAAGAAGGCCCCAAAUCUCGUCGCGCUGUGAAGAAUCCACGACGGGAGGCUUUCCGUUAUUUUCG